UCUUUCUUUAAACACUACACACUUUCCCCUGUCCCUGUCAUAUUUUUUUUUCUUGUUGGAGUGGUAAGCUGCAGUCAGUUUUGUUCCUUGAAAUUUUGAGUAAAGGGUUCGCAUUUUCUUCUGGACUGACUCUUCUGCGGGUAGUCGAUCGUGACAAAGAUGAAGAAUACAAAGAAGUUCAAAGAAUCUGUCAAAAAACAGUUGCCACUGACUGGUCCGGAGUCACGGACAGUGAAAGAUUUGAUGGACUGGUACUGUAACAACACAAACACUCAUGGUUGCCGACGUAUUGCUGUCUCUAGAGGGCGUCUGCGUCGUUGGAUUUGGAUUUGCUUCACACUCACUGCUGUUGCAAUUAUUUUCUGGCAAUAUACACUGCUUGUGAUGUCAUACUAUAGUGUCACCGUUUCAGUGAUGGUAAAGUACCAGACCCUUUCAUUCCCUGCUGUAACUGUCUGCAACAUUAACCCAUACAAACCAAAUACAACUAUUUCUCUUCUGGAUGAGCUCAACAGACAAGCCAGAAAAAUUCUGGAGAAGCUGUAUGGAUUCUGCACAGACUGUGGUAGUGGUAACUUUAGCUCUCGCAGCCUGUCACUUGACGAUAUUCCUGUAAAAACUAGAAGUCUAAAUUUACUACAAGACAUGUCACUAAUAAAAGUGGAAACAGCUAAAGAUGGUCAGUUGGUAGCAUCUGACAUAGUCACUGAUUUGCAGUACAGAAUCAGUGGAACUGCCAUAACAAGAAUGUACAACAAUAUGGACUUAACAUCUCUUGGUGGACAAGGUCAUGUUGGCUUUAAAGUAUGUAAUCAAGGCCAGGACAACUGUGUUAUCUACACAUUCAAUUCUGGUAUAACUGCUUUGCAAGAGUGGUACCGACUCAAUUUUAUCGACAUCAUGGCGCAAGUUCCAAAUGAAAAGAAAGCCGAAAUGGGGUAUUCAGCUGAUGAGUUGAUUGUAUCAUGCAUGUAUGAUGGACAGGCUUGUGAUUCAAGAAAUUUUACCCUGUUUCAGCACCCCUUGCAUGGCAAUUGCUAUACUUUUAACAGCGGAAAUGAUGGAAACAUUCUGCAGACUUUGAUCGGGGGAAAUGCACGUGGUCUUAAACUUAUCCUUUAUACGGAAAAUGAUGACUAUAACCCUUUCUUGUUCACCUCCAUGGGGGCAAAAGUUAUUGUCACCGACCAAAAUGAGUACCCAUUAAUAGAUGAUGUUGGCUUGGAAGUACAAACUGCUAUGGAAACCUUAGUUGGGCUCCAACUGACAGAUUCUGCUAAGCUUAGCCAGCCUUACAGUGACUGUACAGUGGAUGGCAGUGAUGUAAUGGAGGAAAAUCUCUAUAACAAGUCCUACUCACUUCAAAUCUGCCUCCAUUCCUGUUUCCAGAAGGAAAUGGUCAAUAGCUGUGGUUGUGCUUACUAUGAGCAACCUCUGCCACCUGGUGCUGAGUACUGUUCCUAUGAGAAGUUUCCUGGAUGGAUUUAUUGCUACUACCAGCUCCAGGACAAGUUUGUGAAUGAGAGAUUACCUUGCCAGGAUGUGUGCAAAGAACCUUGCAAUUCCAAGGACUUUGAGAUAACAAAAAGUUUAGCACAGUGGCCAUCUGGAGCAUCGGAGGCUUGGGUCAUUCGCCUUUUGGACUGGGAAAGAGGACUAAAUGGCACUUUAAGCAAGAAUGAUUUAGUGAAUUUGGCAAUUUUUUACCAAGACUUGAACUGGAGAUCACUUUCAGAGAGUCCUGCAAACAGUAUUGUGACUUUGCUUUCAAAUUUUGGUGGACAAAACGGACUUUGGAUGAGCUGCUCUGUAGUUUGUUUCAUAGAAAUCUGGGAGGUUUUCCUUGUUGAUAUUUUAACCAUCCUUGUUCGAAACUGGUUUCGUAAAGCUAAGCUGUGGUGGAAUAAGAAGAAAGAGGGGCAGGAACAAGUGUACAAUCAAAAUCGACAUACAGGUCAUGAUAAUCCUGUGUGUGUUGAAGAUGAAGACCCACCAACAUUCCACACUGCUAUGCAGCUUCCUUGUGUUCAGACAGGUGAAGUGCCAUCAACUCCUCCUCCACAGUAUGAUGCACUACGCAUACAGAAUGUGUUUGAUGAGCAGUUCUCCGAUACAGAAGUUAACUAGGGCCUGUAGAUAAUUAGCACUAAAUUAUGUCAUAGAUACUAUGCUGAAGACCAACAGAAAAAAACAAUUUACAGGCAGAUUGUAUAUGUCCUAUUUUCUUGUGCUUGCUGAGCCAGGCUUAAACUGAAAAUACAAGUAAGUCUUAGUAAGUUACCAAACAUCAUAUUAAUAUUUUGUUUAUCCCAGUGUGGGGACAUGUUGAUAUUCAACCCUUAAUGUUUAAGUUUGCACAAAAACUGUCUCAGAUUUGUCUUGACUUAAAAUUGAUAGCAUGAAUAAAGUGACAUUCAGCCUCAGGAA